CAGCGUUAGAGGUCGGUAGUGGAAGGAGAAGAAAUCAGUGGCAGGCGUUGAGUUUUCUGUGGUUAUAAGAAACAAGCUUAAGCCAUAAGGAAUGGCCUCUUCUCUCAUCUUCAGGAUCUCUCCCCUCGCUACUCUCUCCACAACUCUACACUUCCCCAAACCCAUCUCUCCUAUUCUCCUCUCUACUCACAACUCCAUGUCUCUUUCUCAGCUCAAUUCCACCAAGAUGGAAGGAACUGAAAUUACUGAGGAAGUGACAGAGAUUUCAGGACCCAAUGGGAAUGUGAAGAAGAAAAUCUUUGUUGCUGGUGCAACUGGAAGUACUGGCAAGAGAAUUGUGGACCAGCUUCUGGCAAAAGGUUUUCAUGUCAAAGCAGGGGUUCGUGACUUGGAAAAGGCCAAAACUUCACUUUCCCAUGACAACCCAGCCCUUCAAAUUGUGAAAGCUGAUGUAACAGAGGGUUCUGAGAGGCUAGCAGAAGCAAUAGGUGAUGAUUCAGAAGCUGUGAUAUGUGCUACGGGGUUCAAGCCUGGAUGGGAUUUGUUUGCUUCAUGGAAGGUUGACAAUUUUGGCACGGUAAACCUUGUUGAAGCAUGCCGUAAACUAGGUGUGAAUAGAUUCAUACUUGUCAGUUCCAUUUUAGUCAAUGGAGCUGCCAUGGGACAGAUACUUAAUCCAGCUUACAUCUUUCUCAAUGUUUUUGGACUCACCUUAAUAGCAAAGCUUCAGGCCGAGCAAUAUACCAGGAAAUCUGGUAUAAACUACACAAUAAUAAGGCCUGGUGGGUUGAGAAAUGAACCUCCGACAGGAAAUCUUGUAAUGGAGCCAGAGGAUACUCUUUAUGAAGGUACCAUAUCCAGAGAUAAGGUUGCAGAAGUUGCUGUUGAGGCAUUAGUCUAUCCUGAAGCAUCUUACAAAGUUGUAGAAAUAGUUUCACGUGACGAUGCUCCGAAGCGAUCAUAUGAAGAUCUUUUUGGUUCGAUAAAGCAACGGUGAAUUCUGAGUUCAAAUCCAGAAUAUAUUUUAUUGGCAGAGGAAUAUAUCUGAAUUCUUGCUUUCUGGUGGCAGAAAUAUGUUUGCCUAUUUUCCCUGUUUAUAUUUACUCUGUUCUGUUCAUUUAUUAACAAAAUGGCGUUUUGCUUCUGUUUUUACGACGUAUAUAAUGUUAUAAGAAGUAUUUGUUAUUUCUGCUA